UGUAGGAGAGACUGUGUCGUACGUCCUUCUUCUAUAUUGUCGCACUGUAUAGUUCGUAUUGGUUGGGGCUGCAGAGAACGAGUGGUGUCCUCGUUUGUGGUUGUGUGUGUACAUAUUGGAGAAGGAGAAAACGGUGGGGGAAUCGAUGAGGACGGAGGUGGCGACGAUACAGCAGAUGCUGACGCCGGAGGCGGCAGCGGUUUUGAUGCGGUCUGUCGAGGAAGCGCGCCGCCGACGCCACGGCCAGACGACGCCGCUCCACGUGGCAGCCAACCUCCUCGCAGCUCCCUCGGGGCUCCUCCGCCGAGCCUGCGCCGUCUCCCACCCGCUCCUGUCUUCCUCCUCCCACCCCCUUCAUUGCCGGGCCCUCGAACUCUGCUUCUCCGUCGCGCUCGAUCGCCUCCCGGCUAGUGCCAGUUCAAGCAGCGCCGACGCCGAGCAGCCGCCACUCUCCAACGCGCUGGUUGCGGCAGUCAAGCGCGCCCAGGCCCACCAGCGCCGUGGGUGCCCCGAGCAGCAGCAGCAGCAGCCCCCGCUGCUCGCCGUCAAGGUCGAGCUCGGCCACCUCGUCGUCUCUGUUCUUGAUGAUCCCUCCGUCAGCCGCGUCAUGCGCGAGGCCGGCUUCUCGAGCCCCGCCGUGAAAGCUGCCAUCGAGCACUCGCUCUUCUCCGAUUCUGACGCUGCCGCCGCUUCGCCGAGCCUUCCGGGCACGAGGAACGUAUACAUCAGUCCUCGGUUGCAGCAGAAACAGGGGAGGAGCAGGCCGGACGCAAAGAAGAGGGAGGAGGUCAAGAAGGUGUUGGACAUAAUGACGAGGGUGAAGAAGAGGAACCCGGUUCUCGUCGGCGACUUCGAGGCAGCGUCGGUGAUGGAGGAGGUGCUAACGAUGAUCGAAAAGGAGGAGCUCGGCAUGGACAACCCAGCAACUUUACGUUUGGCUCAAGUCGUGUCCUUGGAGAAGGAAUUCUCGUCUUCGGAACGAAGCUUGAUACCCAGAAAGAUCAACGAAUUAUAUGGCACUUUGGAACACGUGAUUCGUGCUCGCUCCACCAAUGGUGGCAUGGCAGGUCUAGUUCUCGAUCUGGGGGACUUGAAAUGGCUUGUGGAGAGCCCCGGCGGAUCCGGUGCAAGCUCGGUUCAGCAGAUGGCCCGCGCCGCACUGACGGAGAUGGGGCGGCUACUGUCCAAGCUCCGAGAAGGCGACGGAAGCAGAGGCCGAGUUUGGGUGGUCGGGACUGCGACAUGCGCGACGUAUCUGAGAUGCCAAGUCUACCACCCGACGAUGGAGGGAGACUGGGACCUCCAGGCCGUGCCCAUCCCGCCGAGGUCGCCACCGCUGGCCGGCUUGUUCCCAAGGUCCGGAGGCAAUGACAGCGCAAGCAGCUCGAUCAUGGCAGCUGGUACCGCUGCCAUCGUCCUGACUCGACCAUUGGAAAGCGGCAGUUGCUCGCAGCCGGCAGCUUUGUGCCAACUUUGCAUGGCGGGCUAUCAGCAUGAGCUUGCCAAGCUCGUACCAAACGAAUCAGAGGGCCGCUCUUCAAAGCCCGGACAGCAGUCAAAGGGAAGUCUACCCCGGUGGUUGCAGAUCGCGGUUCCCAGCAGGACACCCGCAUCCGAUCACCACCUUCAGAUCGAGGAGCAGGAGCUUCUUCAGAAGGAAAAGGCUGAAGAGUUGCUGAGGAAAUGGUGUGGCAGAUGCACUCGCCUCCACAUGAAUCUUCGUGCAAAUGUUAUCACCUCUGGAAGAACUCCGGCCCCAAGUCUUCCGAUGCUAAUCUCGAGAAGCUGCACCAAUCUUCCACAGCAGCAUCUUGAACCAACUCCAACUCGAAAUGACGGUGAUGGCAGUCUGAAGCCGAACUCACUGGAAGACCAUAUAAGCCCGGUGAAGACGGACCUUGUUCUCGGGCUCUCGCGGCCUCUCAGUGCCCCAUUGCAGAAACCCCAUGACGAGCGCACGGUGGCCUUGUCGAAGAGAUCUUGGGAUCAAUUUAGUGACCAACAAAGCAAAACAAUCACAGGUAUUCCAGAUGCUGAUUCCCUGAAGAGGAUCUCUAAUGGCCUGACCAAGGCCGUCAGCUGGCAGCCGGAGGCCGCCUCUGCCAUCGCCGCUGCAGUGGUGCGAUUCAAGUCCGGGAAUGGUAAGCGGCGCAGCGUUGGGACCAGGGCUGGUUCAUGGCUGCUCUUCACUGGACCCGAUAAGGUUGGGAAGAGGAAGAUGGCUGCUGCCCUGUCGGAGCUCAUGUUCAACGCUGCACCGGUCAGAAUCAAUCUCGGUAGCCCAUCGUCCGCUGAUGGUGAUGAUGGAGAAAUGGAUGUCAAGACUUUGCUGGACCAAAUCGCUGAGGCCAUCCAGCAGAAUCCCUGCUCCAUAAUUGUGCUCGAAGACAUCGAUCAUGCCGACGAUCUCGUAAGGGGGACUAUCAAGCGUGCCAUCGAAAGCGGUCGACUCCUGGAUUCUCGUGGCCGGGAGGUCAACCAUGGCGGCAUCAUCUUCAUCCUCAUUUCAGAUCGGUGGCCUGACAAUCUCAGGAACUCAGAGGACUGCCAUCUCCAAUGCAGAGGGUGGCAACUGGAGCUCUCGUUCGGGGAAAAGAGCAGGAAGCGACAUCCCGAUCCGCCAUCGAAGAAUGAGCAGCCGCCGAAACAGAGAAAGCAGUCUUGCAGUCAGGGCCUUUCUCUCGAUUUGAAUUUGGCUGUCAGCGAAGAUGAUGAUGAUGGCGAAGAGGGUUCGUGGAAUUCCAGCGACCUCACAGUGGAGCACGAGCACAAGUACGGGCAGCUCGCCGUCGACUGCCCAACAUCAUCGUCGAAUGCCUCUGAGCUAAUCGAUAUAGUGGAUGAAGCCAUCGUGUUCAACCCCGUAGACUUUAGCACAUUGAAGAAGACACUCUCGGAGUCAAUAUCCUCAACAUUCACAAGAAUCAUGGGCACCGGUCGACCAUUACGGAUCGAUGAGGAGGCACUCGAUCGAAUAGUUGGCGGGGUUUGGCAAAGCGGAGCCACCACGGUGUUCGACGAAUGGACCGACAGGGUACUGGUGCCAAGCAUCAAUCAACUGAGGAGCAAUUCAGAGGUCAACAACCGAUCUACGGUACGGCUAUCAUCGGUGAAGGCGAACAACGAUACAAACAAGGGCGGCUGCGCCGGGAAUUGGCUGCCGAGCUCCGUCAGCAUCGCCAUACAUGGAGCUUGAAAGCUUAGGAUAUAAUCGAAGGAUAAUUUCCUUUUUCUUUUUCUUGUUCAUAGCGAUUACAUUGAUUAGUAUCUCUCUUCAUGUACUAAUUAAUGACAAUGGAGUACGUUUAAUUCCACGUAAAUUCUCAUGCA